AACAACAUCUCUUAAAGAACCAAAUCCCUAUCAAUUUCUUCAAUUUAAUUCCUUUGUGGUAGAAGAAAUCUUGCAAGCAUGGUGAAGAAGAGCUCGUCACUGUCGGUGGUACCACUCGUCUUUCUGUUGGCUUUUCUCCUCGUCGGCGGAUUGGAGGCGGCCAAUGAGAUGAAGAUUUGUUACGGAAGUGUUGUGGUGAAGGCCAACUGUGUGAUAGAUAAAAUUUGUACGGCUGCUUGCGUUGAGAAAUAUGGACAGACAGCGUUUGGCCAUUGCGAGGAUAUCCGCUACUGUGUUUGCUACUAUUUAUGUUGAUACACAUAACAAGGAAGGCCCAUAAUUUGUUUUUUUUAUUAUUAUUAUAAAUGAACCCG